AGGUAAACACGCACGACGUGAAGUUUUAAUGACCGAAGGUCGACUGUGUGACUGUUUAAAUAAAAAAAGCGUUGGACAAACCGCGUGUAAUUUCUACCUGAGGUAAAUGAACUGAAUUGGGACUGAAACUCGUUCCGGAGUUUACUGUAAACAGAAAGACGCUGCUCAGGCUUCUUAUUCACUCAGGCUCUGAGCUUGAAAACUCACUUUUGUGUCUAAACUAUAUUUCGUUAUUUUGCCGAUAUGAAUUUCUUCCUUGAGACAUUGAAGGUCAUUGGAUUGUCGGUGGUCUUUUAUCUGGAGGCGUUUGUCCGGCUGUUUGUGCCUGCGCGGAGGAAGAGCAUUGAGGGCGAGCUGGUGCUGCUGACCGGGGCUGCAGCUGGACUCGGCCGGACCAUGGCGUUGGAGUUCGCGCGUUUCGGCGCGCGGCUUGUUCUCUGGGACAUCGACGAGGCGGGAAAUCUGGAGACCGCUCGCCUGGUCAAAGAAGCACAUGGCGCACGAGCGCACACCUACACCUGCGACUGUAGUAGCCGAGAGGACGUGUACAAAGUGGCAGACCGGGUCAAACGUGAGGUGGGUGACAUUACUAUCCUGGUGAACAAUGCUGGCAUCGUCACAGGGAAGAAGUUCCUGGAUUCUCCAGACUCGCUUAUACAGAAGACUAUGGAGGUCAACAGCUUUGCACAUUUCUGGACAAGCAAGGCUUUUCUCCCAGCUAUGAUUGCUGCAAACCAUGGCCAUAUCGUCAGCAUAGCUAGCUCAGCUGGACUUAUCGGUGUUAGCGGAUUGGCAGAUUACUGUGCUAGUAAGUUUGCAGCAGUGGGCUUUGCAGAGUCCAUUGCUUUGGAAAUGUUGGCUAUGGGCUGUGAUGGAGUGAAGACCACCAUAGUGUGUCCGUUCUUCAUCAACACUGGAAUGUUUGAUGGGGCUAACACAAAGUGGCCGAGAAUCAUGCCCAUUUUGGAGCCGGACUACGUGUGUAGAAAAAUUGUGGAUGCUGUUCGGAGAGAUCAGGUCUAUCUGUAUCUGCCUCGUAGCAUCUAUAUUUCAAUCGCUCUAAAAAGUAUGUUGCCUGUUAAAUUAGGAGUGCUGCUUGGUCAAUAUUUAGGAGCAUUUGACUUUAUGGCUAAGUUCAAAGGGCACGGCAAGAAGAGCAACUGACACCUGAGGAAAAACUGAACCCCAUCCAUAGAGCUUCAGGAUCAUGGGACUUGUUUUCAGUAACACUAAUGUGAAGUCACUAUUGGGAUAGAGCAAAUCUACAUUGAGAAGAAUAAAUAACUGAAUAAUUAUUAUUAUUAUUUAAAAAUAUGCAAGCAUGGCAAUGCAACUUAUUAUUGGCACUGUGCUAUAACCACUGAAAAGGCACUUAAUCUGAAAAGUACAUUAAAUGUGCCAGUAUAAUAACAAUGUAAUAGUAGUAGUGUUUGUCUAACAUGUGUAACACAUGCUGGUUUUAAAUGUGUCAUGUCUUGUGUUAUGAAAUACCUCCAAUGAAGUAAAUGUGCCUUGACUGAA